AUGAUAUUUAUUUGUCAAUCAAAAAUAAAUAGAGAUAUUAUUUAUCUUAUAUUACAAGAAUUACAAGAUGAUAAAAAAUCACUUUAUUCAUGUCUUACAGUUAAUAAAACUUGGAGUGAAAUAGUUAUUCCAAUAUUAUGGAAAAAUCCUUGGAAAUAUUUAAGAAAAGGGAACGAAACUUUAUUAUUAAAUAUAAUCAUUUUACAUUUAUCAAAUGAAUCAAGAAACAAAUUAUCAAAAUAUUUUAAUAUAAAUUCAUAUCAAAAACCUUUAUUUAAUUAUAUUAAUUUUUGUAAAUAUUUAAAUUUAGGUGGAAUUGAAAGAUUAUUAAUUUCUAAAUCAUUAAUUAAUAUAAAUGAAAUUUUUAAAAUUUUUAUUAAUGAAAAUAUGAAAUUUACACAUCUUUAUAUACCUCAUAAAUUUAAUUAUUAUUUUAUGGAUCUUAUUUCUGGAGUUGAAAAAGGUUUUUCAAAACUUGAAUUCCUUAGUUGUAAUACUAACAUAAAUGAUGAUACUUUAAUUGGAUUGGUGGAAAUUUGUAAAUCAAUCAAAGAAUUGGAACUUUACGUUGAACCUUGUAAUAAUAAUGAUGAAAUUAUUAAAUUAAUUGAUUCCCCUAAAAAAUUAAUUAAUAUUCGUUUUUUAACAAAACCUUAUUCUUCAAAUGAUGAAUUAUUUUGUGGUAUUCUUGAAAAUUCUUUUAUUAAACACGCAAAUCAUUUACAAUAUUUUAAGAUAACAAAACAACCUACAACAAAAAUACUUUCUUCUUUUAUAAAUUUAAAAAGUUUAGAAUUAUAUGAUAAUUCUCGUCCUAUGUCUUGGAAUUGUUUGGAAAAUUUAUCUUUACCUUAUUUACAAAUUUUAAAAGCUACAGGAAUUCCAAUCAAAGUUUUAACAAGUUUAAUUGAUCAUACUAAUGGUCAUCUUAUUGAAAUAAAAAUUGAUCAUAUAAGUCAUAAUGAGAUUAGUAAUAAAAAAAUUAUUCAAACUAUUUAUAAAAAAUGUCCAAAUCUUGAAUAUCUUAAAUUAUUAUUUAUUAAUAAUAAUAUUUUAGAAUUAAGAGAAUUAUUAAUUAAUUGUAAUCAUUUAAUUGGUUUAUAUAUUAUUUUUGAGGAUGUUUGGGAUGUUAAUGUUAUGAUUGAUUAUAAUAUUAUAUUUAAAAUUUUAUCUGAUAAUUCUUCAAUUAGUUUAUUUAAAUUGAAAUUUUAUUAUCAUAGAGAACCUGAAUUAAAAUCUUUUGAAUUCUUUUUUGAUAAUUGGAAAAUUAGAAUUCCAAUGCGUCCUAUAUUAUUACAAACAAUUCAAUAUCAUGUUUUAUAUGGAAGUGAACAUUUUGAUUUAAUAGAAAAAUAUAAAAAAAAUGGUAUAGUUAAAAAGUAUGAAAAUGCUUUAAGUGAAAAUACUUUUCAAGAUUUUGAAUGGUAA